UGCCACAUCAUUAAACCCACAUAGUCACUCUAAUCCAACUCGUGACCCCUACUCUGAACCAAAUAACUCAUGACUCGAACCACUCAGAUUAAAAAUUAAAAUAAAUAUAAUUAAAAACACUAAAUCCAGCGAACAAAUCCCACCCACCGGUAAAACUCCUUGCCUCUGUAAAAUUCUCAGGUCGCCGGUCGUUGGAGAAGAGGACCGGAAGCAGCCCGUCCACCGCCUUCUCUAUUUUGGCGACCGGCCAUGCCUUUCCCAUCGGAGAAGAACUGAAGAAGAUCAGAGGAAAUACCCAAACAAAUCGUCUCAAACCCCAACCAAUUUAAUCAUCAAUGCCUCUUCUCUAGUCCAGUUCCCCACUUUGCACCUCCCUAAUCUCACUUAGUCUCGCCGAAAAUACAAAAAAAAAAAAACAAUCAAAAUCAAAUUUUCCAUUCCCCAUUAAACCUGCUCUUCAAUCAGCCAAACUCGCCCAAGUCACCCAGAUCCCUAGCCGCCAUCGAGCACCGAUCAAGUCAAACAGAUUCUUUUACAGACGCCAUGGAAGGCCACUUGAAAUCUUAGACGUCGUUCAAAGCCGAGACGCAGGUGGUGGAGAUCUGUGAUACGAAGGGCGAGAUCUCUGAUUUGGGAUGGGGAAGAAGACAAGGCACUGGUAAGACCGCCAGUAGGAAUCGGCAAAGGAGAGCAGGGGGAGGAAUCGUUGGUCCUACGGAGGGUUCUCAGCUAGCUGCCCUUUCCCGGAGCUUGAUUCACCGCCAUUUUCUUUCCUUCCCUAUUUGAAACUCAUAUUCAAUUGCGACCAUAAUCUAACAUGCAUCCCUUAAUCGCAAGUUUGUUUGGGCAAAAACGAGCUGACGUUGGGGACUCUACGGGGAAGUUGAAAUGCAAAGAGGGAGAUGGUAUUUGAAGGUUGGAAAAUUGUGGCGGCGGUGGUGGAAGAGAAAGGAUGGGGAAGAAAAGUUUGUGGAGGAGUGGAGAGAAGAGAGGAAUUGAGCGACGGGGAGAAGGGAGAAAAAUUAAAAAAUUAAAAUUAAAAUGUGUCCUGGGUCUGGUCGUGUAGGCUGGAUGGGUGGGUUGAAGUGUCUAUUGAAUAUGAAUUUUUUAUGGUUGAAAAAGAUUGAUUGGGCAUUUUUUUUAGCCACAUUAGCAAAAACAAAAUUACGCUAUUAACGAAGACUAACGAAAGAUAACGGAGAGUAACCAUAAUUGAACUGUUGACCUUAUUUGAGUGACCAUGAACGGAAUUAAAUAUUUGUAGUGACCAAAUGCGAACGUUUUUAACAAUUUCAGUGACCAACCUUGCAAUUUACCCAUAAUAACCUCGAACAAGAAUGCGCGUAUGUUUGUGUGUUUACUUCUUCUCUUUGAAGCUCGAAUCUCCUACCCUGGAACUUGUCCAACUUUCGCUUGCCAAUUGUUCGGUAACUUCUUCACCCUACCCUUUUUCUACAUUGAGGACAAUGUCAUGCUUAAGUAUUGGGGUGUACAAAUUGGAAUUGGCAUGUGUAUUGUGUGUGAAUGCUUGAUCUAAGUGGUCGGGUUGUGCAUUGACCUUGAAUUGAUUGCUUGUGAUCGAGUGCAUCCUAUUAUGAUGAUUGAGAAUCGCAUUAGGUUGGUGCAAAUGUUUAGUUCUCAUGUGUGUGCAAAUGAAUGGAUGUAUUGACUUGAUUACUCUUUGAUUGCAAUUGCCAUGCAUCAAAAUUUGUGAAAUUGGAAUAGAUGAUUGGUGAUUAGGUAGCCAUGUGAGAUUUGCGAUCGUCUUUUUCAUGUGUGAUAGAUUCCCAUUACCAUGGCGAGUAACAUUCACGUUGUCACUAGUGAGUAUGAUGGAGGCAUAGGAUUAGUCCACGCCCAAAAGUUGAUUGUCCUGAAACAUCUUAUCCCCUACUCAACCCCUUGGAGCCGAGUGACUUUUGGUCGUUCUCAUUUUAGGAGCUUGUACUUUUUGAGCUUAAUGGUGAUUGAUAGAACGACCCUUUCCUUUCUUUGUUUCUAAACCAUCGUGAGUCAUCCUUGUGUCUUGGGGCUCUCGCUUUUGAGCUCCAUUGAGGUUCUACAUAGGUGGAUUUUUCACGGUUCCUGCUAGGAACGAAAAGGUAGUGUUUGAGGAAGUUCUUAAUAGAGAGAAUUUUUCAUUAAGUGUUGAAGUGUGACUCGUCCCAAAUAUCUCAACAAAUUCCCACCUAAGACCCAAGUAUAAACCUUAGAUGGGUGCAAUAUAGGGCAAGUAUGUUUAAAUAUCAACCCGGGCCGGUCCAUGUAUCCCUACUUCCAUUGUUUGAAGCAUUAUCUAGCAGAUUGGUUUUCGGUUGAAAACUAUGAGAUUUAAAUCAAAACAAAGCAAAGGUAAAUGGUUUGAAAGCUCUAGGUGAGAAGGAUCACUCGGGUGUCGCUCCCCUCUAACUACUACCAUGGCACGUGGACUCGAAUGGGACGUUAUGGGCAAGGCAAUCAUGAACCGCUAGGAGGUGCAACUAUGAUCAAAGACCACACUCUCAAUUUCCAAACAAAGGGAUACAUUAUAGGCUACAAGAGUAGCCCUCUUGGUUAAGGAAAUUAAGGGUUCACUUACCUUCUCCCUCAAACCGAUGGUUGGACGGCUUAAUCAUGAUUAACCUAGUUGAUUAAUUCAAGAUAGAGGUUUUUCCUACAUUAACCAAGGUAGGUGGCUUGUCAAGCCCAAGGAAUCCCAACUCAAUUGAGCCACUUUUGGAAAAGGGGGGUUUCCCCUCUAACCAAGGUUAGAAUGGCCAAUUCGAUUGCUAAGCACACACAUUCACAAUCAUCAUGAAAAAUACGUCAAUCAUUAAAUUGAACAACACCCAUAAACAAUCAUUCAAGUCACACUACAACUCAAUUGAGCCACUUUUGGAAAAGGGGGGUUUCCCCUCUAACCUAGGUUAGAAUGGCCAAUUCGAUUGCUAAGAACACACAUUCACAAUCAUCAUGAAAAAUAACUCAAUCAUUAAAUUGAACAACACCCAUAAACAAUCAUUCAAGUCACACUACAACUACAUGGCAAAUAGUUAGGGUUUCACAACAUCCAAGUGAAAAAGAGUACUACUCCAUGCUAGAAAUGGGAAGAACACAAGAGAAAGAGGUAGAAACAAUCAUGGUGAUGCCUCCAAUAUCCUCUAAGCUUGUGUUGAUAUUCUCUAGGGGAGAUUCUUCCCAAUUCACCACUUGGACCAAACCCUAGCCUUCCUUCUUCCUUGCUUCGUCCAUUCUCUCUCUAAAAUCUGGAGAAGAAGACACUUUCUCACUCUUGGGCUCCCUCUUCUCUCUUCCUUUCAGCUUACAUUUUCUACCAGUUCACUCUUGAACACAGAGCGUUGUGUCGAAAUGUACCGCUUCACUCACAGGAGUUCAUGGUUUGCACUCAAUGUUCAUGGUCCUGUUGACCGUGAACUCGCCUUGCGUCCGUAAUUGCAUAUUUUGCCCUGGAUGCCUCGGGUUCACGGUUUUGGGCUUCCGUUCAUGGUCUUAGGAGACCGUGAACUCCAAUGGGAAACCGUGAACCUUGCCUGAAUCACCCUUUUUGCCAGGUCUUUGCCUCUUUUCGUCCAACUUUCGACUGCGGGGCUGGUUUCACCUGUUCGAUCCUGAAACACUAAAACACACAAAACCUGGCAUAAAACCACCCCGAGUUCAAAUGCUAUAAACGCCCCAGGGAAACGGGGCUAAAAUGUGUGCAAUUAGGCCCGAAUCACUCCCCCACACUUGGACGUUUUCUUGUCCCCAAGCAAACCAUUUCACACAAGGUAAUAUUUCAACUUAUCCAAAUGCUUUGGGGACAAUUCAAAGGGCACAAAGUGGCGAAUAUCAAAUAGCUAUUGGAAAAUAAAACGAGGACUGUUGCAAGCAAUACCGACAUCCUCCACAAACGACAUUCGAGGCUACUAGAAACGGGCAAAUGUUAAGUUCUCACCUUGUUCAUGAAUCAAUGCAAGUUUCAACAAGAUCACUUACCAACCACAACUAACCAUGCAUAGAGUUCAAGUCCAAGAAACAAAUGGAUGGGCAACAAAGGUCCUCACCGGGGUAUGAUAUGACAUGCAAAACAAGAAUGAAUAACUCACUCUCUUGACCAACAGGGUCGUGACCUUUUGGGUGCAAAACUUGUGCACAAUCAUCAAAUCUCGGUCCUAUCGUCUCAACACCAUGGCGGGAACCUCUAAAUUCUAGAGUUCACGGACUGGUUGUCAUCACUAGCUUGUCCGUAGGUCUUAUACAUGGGUUCAAAUGACUGGCGAUUGUCUUGGACAUGGGGAAAAUGCUUUUUGGGUGGUGGCAAACACAUCAUGAGUUCCUACAUCUUCACCCUAAAACCGAAGGUUCUAUGGUUUCGACUAAGAACUUUCCUUACAAACAACGGCCACUAGCGACGACCAAAAACCUUGCUUCUCCCUUCCAAACUAUCACCCAUCAUGAAAUUCCCUUAAGCGCUCUUCCUCGGUCUACUCUUGCUAUCACACUAUGAUUUGGUAGUGAAGGAUUUCUAAGACAUUGUAGAGGUUUCAAUGGCUUGUGUGCCAAGAAACCUCACAUGGCACAUACUCUUUCAUUCCUUGUGCACUCUCUACUUUAUUUACCUCAUUUUAUUACCUCUUUUUCGUUUCUCUUUCUUUAUCUUUCUUUCUUUUUAUUUUCUUUUUGAGGGAGGUACUAGAGAGUUUAAAAUUUGCCACGCUACUGUUAACGAUGAAGGCUCUCUUUUUAAGAACUCACUCCAACACUACUCUUCCUUUCACUUUCGUUCCUAGCAAGAACCACACACAAUCCUCCUAUGUAGAACCUCAAUGGAACUCAAAAGCGAGAGCUCCGGGAUACAAGGACACCACAUGUAUAGACAUGAAGAAAGGAUGGGGGGUCGUUCUAUCAACACCAUUAAGCUCACAAGCAAAAAGCUCCUAACAUGAGAACGACCCCCAAAGUUACAAGGCUCAAAGGAGUUAACUAGUGGAUAAAUCAUUUCGGAACAAUCAACAUUUGGGCGUGGACUAAUCCUAUGCAUCCAUCAUACUCACUAAUGAAAACUAUGAUGUUACUCGCCAUGGUAAGUGGGAUCUAAGCGCAAAAUAAGAAAACGAUUGGCUCGAAGCUCACAUGGCUACCUUCUCACCCAACCGUCUAUUCCAAUUCACAAAGCAACAUGCAUGGCAAUUGUAAUCAACAAGUAAUCGAGUCAAAACAUCCAUUCAUUUUUGCACACAUGAGAAACUAAACCUUUACACUAUCCAAUCAUCAUCAUAGGACAUACUCGAUCACAUGCAACAAUUCAAGGUCAAUACCAAUAACCGAAAGAUUCUCCUACAAACCGGCCACUUUGAUCAUGCAAACAUUGCUUGGAGCCCUCAAAAUUUUCAAAGUUGCGCAUAUAUCAAGGAUCCAACCAUCAAUCACACUCACACAAGCAUAAUAAUAGACUACCCCCCCCCCCCCCACACACACACACUUAAGCUCGACAUUGCCCUCAAUGGCGUAAGAUAGGGGUAGAACGACGUUACCGCUUUGCUUGGUGAGUGAAAGUUGGAAUUGUUUCCGGGGUAUGAGAUUUGGAGCUUCAAGUAAAAGACAAAACACACACACACACAAACACAAUACGACUCGCUUAAGGCGAGGUUAUUACACAACACAAUACGAUAGUAGUAGUUUAUAGUCACACACACAUAAACGAAAGAAAAAUAAAACAAAAGAGUUCAGAGUUCCAAGUGGAGUAGUGGGACGAAAGGAAUCGGCUUUGCCACAUAUCUCGAUCGUCGGCUACCAUCAUCGAGAAUGAGACCCUGGCGUCUAGCCAUCUACUUAAGGAGGUCUGUCUUUCAGUCGAGGCGAGAAGUCACUCCCCCAAACUCGGUCUCAAGGUGAUCCAUCCUCUGGACGAGGGGAUCACCUGCUGGUCUGGGUGCUGAUGCUGCUGCUAUUGGUGGUGUGGGGCGCAGGAGCACGAGACGCCGAUGGCGGCCGGGUGCUCCUGGGGUAGAACCCCUGCAUCUGGCUCCACUAGAUCCUGGUCACCUGCUGGAUGCAUAGCUCCCUAAGUUCGGAGCCCGUCGAGGUACUAGAUGCCCCUCUCCUGAAGUACCAGCUGCUGGUUAUAAAGUGUGGCCACUAGGAAGGGCCUGGUCAUCCUGAUGAUGGAGCAUCGCUCCACAUCCACUCCGAAUUGGUGGGAAAUCCUCGUAAUGAUACCCCCAUAUGCAUGGUGUCCACACUGUUCCACCCCAGACACCGGGCGAAAGAGGUGGCUAUUAGUGAUCUAAGAUGGAUCGGCUCUACGGGAUGCCUCAUGGAGAAGAGAGCCAUAAGCCCUCUGUUCGUCAUCAGAAGUCCUACCUGCAGGCUGGGGAUAACCGAUCGGGUGAGCAGAGUGUGGAGAAACCUUCAGUGAGUUGUUAGCUUCACCGCAUUGGUGAGGCUUGCCUCGUAUUACUCGAUCUCGUGCUCGGGGUGGCAGAGGGCCCAGAAUACAGCCUGACAAUGAAAAUCAAUGGUGUACUGUCGCUCCGUCAUCCUUAUAUGCAUCGGGUCGAGCCCCAUGGCCUGGGUGAAGGCGUCAAAGGUCAGCACUCGGGGCUGACCUCCCAGAAUGAACUCCACGUACGCCGGCUCCUCUUGCCGCUCGAGACCACAUAGGCGAACAUGGAGUAGAACUCCACGCAUAACUUGUGGUAGAUCUGCUCAUCCAAGGUGAGCAUUCGGUGCCACUGGGGUGACAGACGACCCCCGACAUUGCGGCUCGGCACCUGAACAUGUUAAACAUGUCCAGGUCCAGCCGCCAGUGGGGCCCAACCGGGCUACCCCUCUGGUAGGCAAACUUGUCUCCAAAUCGCGGAUGGUUCACCAGAUAACUAAUGAACUCGUGAUCCUCGUUAAGCAUCCUGCAAAAAUAGGCAAGCAAACACUAUAUGUGGAAACAUUCGUUAAGCACAACUCAUUGGGAGGAAAAAGAAAUUCCCCCCACACUUAUCUCCACUAUGGAUAUCAAACAUUUAAGCUCAACCCAGCGUGGCAUGGUUGUGGGUAUUUCACGGUUCAUCAACACAAAAGAAUUGAACCCCAACCCAUGCCACGGUGGCUACCAACCACCAUUCAAACACAACCAUGCAUAUUCAUUCAAAAAUAAGCGCUUGGUGGUCAAAAUCUACAAAUGCAAGCAAUUCGAAUCACCAAAUGCCCACCAAGGUUCACUAGGCUAAUGCAAUAACAUUUCACCAUUCACUCAACCUAAUUCGCCUGAUUCCGCGCCCUAAUUCUAGGUUCAACAUUCAAGGUAUUUAAAAAUUAUCCUCACUUCACUACCUAAUCUGAUUCUCCCAAAAAUAAUAAGGUAGAGCUGAAAAAACAACCUAGAGACUCAAGUAGGACGUAGGAGGAAGUGAGGUGCGGGCGAGGAAGGCGAAAAACGGCUGAAAAACAGACCAGGGAGUGUUCGCUGAAGCUUUGUCGGAAGCUCGUCCGAGACUCACCGCCAGCGACUUUGCCAGAAAAAACUUGCCCCAAAUUUUCAUCACAGGCUGGUUUUUAGCACAUGAGGGAAGAAUGGGUAUGCAGUUGGUUUUGGGCUUUGCUCGCCGGAAAUGGGUGAAACUUUGAAAAACAGUCGGAUUUGCACGGUUUUCCGGCGAGAAUUCAAAUUUUAUGGGGAGUUUUUGGGUCGUGAAGUGAAGAGUCGUCGUUCAUGCCCCUUUGAUAAGCAAAGCAUGACGUUCACGGACGCGUUGGCCUGUUCACGGUCUCAGAAGCCGUGAACACUCAAGUUCGUCCGUGAAGAGACUGUGGACACUCAAGUUCGUCCGUGAACUAGGGUUGGUCGACAGGUGGUUUACAUGCAGAAGUGCCUGGUUCAUGGACGCAUUUACUUGUUCACGGUCUUGUAAGACCGUGAACAAUCAAAUCCGUCUGUGAACUCGAGUGAAAACAAGUCACUUCUGAAAAAAAUUUGACGCGACCUAUUUCACCGUGCCUCCUAACAAUCACAACACAAUCCUUAAAACGCAAAAUCACCAAACUUGGCACGGGGAUACCACUCAACCACUUGAACUCUUCACUAGUCACAAAAAAAUAAGGAAAAGAAAACAAACCUUCGUUGGGUUGCCUCCCAACAAGCGCUAAGUUAAUGUCACUAGCUUGACGUUGCGGAUCUAUCAUGAUUUAGAACAUGAUGCCACCGAGAGUGGAUCCGCCACGUUCUCGGGGCGAGGCAUGUUGCCUCCCAACUUAAGCUCCAUGGGGUGGCCUUCUUGGCCGACAACCUUAGCUUUGCCCUUUUCUUUCCUUCGGGCCAAAGCUUGCUUCAUCUUCUCCCUUCAAGCUUUUUUUCUUCUUCUCUUUGGACAUAGUACCCACCUUAACUUUCUGCUUAACAUCAUCAUAAGCAACACAAGUAAUAGUGGGUUCACCUUGAGAGGCUCUCCUACACUCACAUUCGAGUCAUCCGACACCAAUUCCUUCAAAUCCUCAUUUCUAGCCUUAGGUUCAGUUUCAAGAGUGAUCCUCUCCUCACCAUCCCUCGCAAUCAAGGUCCCCUCAUUAACAUCAAUUAACGCCUUUGAGAUGGCAAGAAAGGGACGUCCUAGUAUGAGUGGCAUAUCUGAGUGUUCACUUAUAUCAAGCAUCACAAAAUCCGUCGGAUAGCAAAACUUUCCCACUCGUACUAGCAUGUCCUCCACGAUGCCCCUAGGAUCAAUGACAGAGCAGUCAGCUAAUGUGACACUAAGCUUAGUGGUCUUGAUUUCACCUAGGUCUAGCCUUUUGAAUAGCUUAUAGGGCAUCAUAUUGACACUUGCUCUGAAAUCCCCCAAGGCAUUUUCUAUGUGAUGGUUACCAAUACUAAGAGGGAUAGUGAAGCUACCUGGAUUAGGUCGCUUCUUGGGAAACCGGUUGAGGAUGAAGUCCAAGCACUCCUCGCUUAGAGUCAUAUUGGUGAGGUCUUUGAACAUUGGUUUCUUAGUGAGGAAUCCUUUGAGGUACUUUGCGUACCUUGGCAUGUGAGCCAUAGCUUCAAGGAAGGGGAUGUUGAGGUGGAGAUUUCGGAGCAUCUCUAUGCAGCCUCCACAUUCCGCUUCCAACCUCUCCUUAUACACCCUUGUGGGGAAAGGAAGAGGUGACUUGUACUCAGCCACCGGAGAUGUCGUCGGCGAUGCCUUCCUUGCCACUUAUUUCUCUCCCACCGAGGGCUCUUCAUCUCCGUCCUUGGGGUUGGAGUCUUCCUUCUCAUUCACUUCCUUAGGAACAACUCCCAGAGUCACCUUCCUGCUCCUCAAAUAGAUCGCAUUGCAACCGGCUUGAUCUUUGGGUUGGCAAUGGUUUGAGAGGGAAGGGCUCCCUUUGGUCUUUCGGUAAGGAUCCCGGCAAGAUUGCCGAUUUGCACCUCCAAAAUUUGAAGGAUUUCUUGAUGGCUUCGGAGUCCCGUCUCAACCGAGGUAAACCACGUAGUUGCCACAUCCAUAAAUUGCUCAAUCUUCUCGAACUUCUAAGCACUCGUGCUCACAAAGGUAUUCACAAGGUCUUCAAGUUUGGAUAGCUUGUCGGGUUGUUGUUGUUGUUGAAACCCUUAUCCACCUUGUACUUGGUAAGGUUGUUGGAAGUUCGAGCCUUGGAAUUGUGGCCUUCGUGGAAUGAAAGUUGGUCGAGGUGGAUAAUUUCCCGUAGGGCCUUGGAAACCGGGGGAUCGCGGAUUAGUCAGGGACGACCAAGCAAAGUUAGGAUGAUUUCUCCACCCGGGGUUAUAGGUAUUGCUAUACAGGUUGUUCCCCCUAGCAUUGGCAACAAAAUUGACUUGUUCCUCCGGAGUGCUUGCUUCCUUCAUUGCUUUACAAUCCGCCAACUCAUGGUUCGUGCUUGAACACCAAUCGCACGACAUCACCGCUCUCUUCCCUUGCUUCUUAUCCUCGAGAAUUACCUCGAUCAACUUAUCAAGUUUCGCCUCAAGAGGAGCACUCGCUCCCACACUUCUUACUCCUCUUUCAUUGCUUCUUUUCCCGCUUCUCGUCAAACCCCAAUCAUAUCCUUUGAGGGCCAUAUCUUCUAGCAAUUGGAUCACUUGUGGAGGAAUCAUAUUCAUUAACCUCCCUUGACAAAGAGAAUCAAUGAGGAUCUUGUCUUCAUGUAUGAGCCCACCGUAGAAAGUUUCAAUCCGAAAUUGUUCUUCGAACCCACGGUGAGGGCAUUGAAGAAAAUAAUCGGAGAAUCUCUCCAAAGCAUCCCUCAAGGUUUCAUCUUCAUCUUGCUCGAAAUGGGUGAUCUUCAUUCUCCACUCGGCCGUCUUCGAAGGCAGGCAAUAGCGGGUCAUGAAUUUGUUAAGAAGAUCAUCCCACGAGUUAAUUGACCGAGGCGGCCGGUUGUUGAGCCAUCGAAGUGCCUUCCCCCGAAAGUGUGGGUUUUAGCCAAUGCUAGUGGUCGUUGAUUGUAGGAAAGGUUCUAGUCGAGACCAUAAAACCUUUGGUUUUUGGUGAAGAUGUAGAACCUCAUGCAUUUCUUGCCACCGCACAAAAGGCCUUUUCCCCAUGUCCAAGACCCUUACCACUCAUUCGAUCACAUUUCUAAGACCUCCAGACAAGCUAGUGAUGACAAGCAUUUUGUGAACUCUAGCAUUUAGAGGUUGCUGACAUAGUGAAGAUACGAUAGGGCUGAGUGUUGAUGAUUGUGCACAUCUUUUGCACCAGAUGGUCCUGACCGCACUAGUCGAGAGUGAGUGAUUCACAUUCAUAUUUUUCAAGUUCAUAUCUUAUCCCGGUGAGGACCUAUUUCUCUCAUUCGUUUGUUCCUUGGACUUGAACUCUAUGCAUGGUUAGUUGUGUUUGGUGAGUAGUCCUGUCCAGAUUUGUCUUGAUCUGUGAACAUGUUGAGAACUUUUCGUUUGCACAUUCUUAAUGCAUUCGAAUGUCGUUUGUGGUGGGUGUAGGUAUUACAUGUAAUGGUUCAUGUGUCAAUGCCCCAUAGCCAUUGUGAUUCACCCGCUUUGAGCUCUUUGAUAUGUCCACAAGUUAUCUGUUAAGUUGAGAUAUUACCUUGUUGGAAUUGGUUUGCUUGGGGACAAGCAAACGUUUAAGUGUGGGGGAGUGAUUUGGGUCUAAUUGUACACUUUUUACUCCCCAUUUUCCUUAGAUGUUUGUGGCACUUUUACUUUGUGAGGUUCGGUUUUACUAUAGGUUAUGGAUGUUUUUAGUAUGUUUAAGAUUCUAGUAGGUAAAAUCAACCCAUGGAACGAAAGUUGGAUGAAAAGGGGCGAAAAUCGAUCCAAAGGGCACAAACAACAACAAUUUACGGUGGAGGCUAGCAAAUCACAGUCAGCCCGACCGUGAAGCGCAUGGAGUCUAGAAGGUUUUGCACGCCUCGCGGGCAUUCACCACUUCACGGUCAUACGACCUUAAAAACCUGCUCCAGACCGUGAAGCGCCUAAAUGAAAUGGCACGGUUUUGCUCGACAUCAUGGUCCAAGCCAAAUGUUCAUGACCAUGAGUUGGGACCGUGAAAUGUCGUCGAUCUGGGUAUAUAAGGAGGGAUGGGCUGAAAGAGAAGGGAGAGAACCUAGUGAGAGAGACUUCUUCUUCUUUAGACAUCUAUAGAGAGAAAAUGACGAACAAGAGAGGGAGUAGAAGUUAGGAUUUCAUCCAAGAGAAAAAUUUUGGAAAAACUUUCCUCCAAGGUUGAUCUCCACACCACAAUGAAGGAGGCAAACAUCCUCAAGAUGGUUUUCUCUCUUCUCCUUAGUGUAUUCCCUCUACUUAGCAUGGAGUAGUCCUUUCUUUCACUUGGGUGUUUGUGAACCAUAGCUACAAUUAUGUUAAAGUUUGUAUGGAUUGAAUGACUUGUGUGUGGUUGUGUUUUAAUACAAGUUAUGAGGUAUUUUCAUGAAAGUUGUGUUGUGUUUUUGCAUUUCCAACUCUUAUGGCAUUUUGACCUAGGUGGAGGAAAAUCCUCUUCUUGGUAAGAGGCUUGUAAAAGCUGGCAUUCCUUGGCCAAAUUGUGUCACCUACUUAGGUUGAAUUAGGAAAAACCUCUUAAUACGUAUUAGCACAAUGGGUAGGUUGUGUUUUGGUCGUCCAGACUACGGUUCGAGGGAGAAGCCAAAGCAACCCUUAGUUGAUUUUCCAAGAGAGCUACCGUCGUAGCUUGAUUCUAAAUUCCUUGGACUAGUGGCCGAGAGAGUGACGCUUUCUCAGUUGUUGCGCUUCCCUACUGUUAACAACCACCUUUACCACAUAUUUGUAUUUGAUCCGACAAGUCAUGAUUACUAGCUAGUGGGAGCAACACCCGGGUGAAGCUUCCUCAAUUAGUGUUCAAACCAUUUACUUUUCCAAUCGCUUAAGCUUUAAACCGUAGUUUUAACCAAAAACCAUUUGCUAAAUAAUGUUUCCAAAAAUCGAUGUAGGGGUGCAUGGACCGGCCCGGAUUUGACUUUUAAAACAUACUUGUCUUAUAUUACGCCCUGUUAAGAUUUAUACUUAGGCCUUAAUCGAAAUUUUUAUUGUGAUAUUCAGGGCGAGUCACUGCUUUCUCACCAUUUCACAAGCCACAUGAUAUUAUUACUUAUUAAUCUGCCUUCAACAAAGGAAUACUUAAUUCCUUCUGUCAGCAGCUACCCUACCAGAUCCUAGUGAAUUUGGUAAAAUUCAGCAGUGAACCCUCAGGGCCAGGACUCCUGUCCGUUUUCAUAUCGAACAAUACAAAUACAAUUUCUUAUGUAUUGACUAGAGCACUAAAUUAAUUCUUCUGGCAAUUUAUGCACUAGUAGUUUAUCAAACAUUGUAAGAGGGACUCUUUGAGCUUCUACAUCAGCUUUACCAAGUAGAUUCUCAUAAAAGGAAACAGCUUCUUGUCCCAUGUCUUUUACAGUACAUAUAGGAGCUAUCGAUACUCAAUUCAGUUGUCUAGUGGUAUCUCUAACUUGCCUUGUCCUGACAGUUGCAUGAAAACAUUUUGUGUUAGGAUCACCUUGAAUCCACAAUUGCCUAGACUUCUAUCUCAUAAAUUGGUACUCAUUUUUUUGCAAGUCAAGAAGCUAGACCAUACACCUCAUUUCCUUCUCAAAGGUAUCAGAGGCAGGCACUCCAAUCCUUCUAUCUGUGCAGCAGCUAGUUCAUCAACAAUUAUCUUUACUCUUUAUCUUGAAUAUUAGAGAAGUGCGUUCUAUUAAGUCAUCAUAGUUUUUCUUUAAUUUUCUUCAAUUUCUGGCACAUAACAUAGCAGAACCACUUGCUUCAUGCUACCACCCCACUUUUACAAACUGAUGAUACUCAGUAUGCAACUUCCAACAACUAAAUAAUUUAAAAGACUUCGAUAAUGAUUUCAUCCUUUCAUCAGACAUAGAUAGUCAGCUCUCCACAUUGGUCAAAAAGACCAGGAGGUAGAAUUCUAAUAUAGCUAUGCAUGUAAUGAUUCAACCAAUCAUAGUUCACCAAUACUCUAUCCAAUCAUUUUGUUGUAGGAUUUCCCGACUGCUUAUUAGUCCAUUAGUCCACGUAAACCAAGAGUCUACUGCCUUGCCAUAAAUGAGAUUUAGGCUUGUUAGGUUUUGAGUUUUGAAAGAUUUGCUGCAUUUUGUAUUUGAAAGAUAACAUUGUUUGUUUAGUUGAAUUAUUAUUAUGGAUUUAGUUCAUUUGAUAUUUGAUUUUCAAAAAAUUUCCUUCCAUAAUGUGGUAUUUGCAAAUACCAAAUGAAAUGUGGUAUUUGCAAAUACGUGGAAUCCACAUAUUUGGAGCAAAAAAAAUGGUCCAAAUCCGUGGACCCCACAGAUUUGCAUACCUUAACAAACAAUGGCUUUGGACAAAAAAAACAUGAAGGUUGGUAUUUAGAGACUAUAUACAACAUCCAACUCCCAUUAACAAACAACACCUUAGUUCAUCAAUCCACUUUUGAAAAUUCUUAGAACUAUCUCCCAUUUCUGCUUGGUUUGAUGCUUCCUUUUCAUUAACGUACAAUUGCAAUAAAGUCACCUGCAAUCAUCCAUGGUCCAGCAAACUGCUGAUAAUAUUGAAUUUGCACAUGUUUUACCCCUCAUUUCUUGAUUAUUUAGCUCGGUUUUUUAUCAUACUUUGGCAUAUUUUAUGCUAGGUUGUGUUACUUUGUCACAUUUCAGGUCCUAGCGCAUAAAGUGAAGCAUAGGCACAAGUUUCAAGUCAAUCGGAGAUCAAUUGGCGACUCGGGGGAAGAAACUCAGACAUGACCUGUGGAAGAAUAGAUUUCUACCUUAUUUUAUUGACAAAGAAUCAUGUAAGCUUAUCAUGAUGAGAAAGAGGACGAUACUACGAGAGUGUGGGAUCACAGGGUGAUGAAUUCGGAGUCUGGACGAGGGGCGAGACAUUUCAAGAUAGGGGAAUAGGAGCAAUGAUUUCCACGGGUUGGAAGCCAAUUCCACAGUCGCGGAUUAGGGGUUUGUACCAUGGAUUUUGAGUAGGAGAGAUACACGGGUUGGAGAGCCAAUUCCACGACCGUUGAACUCAAGGGGUGACCGUGGUACGUGCUGGUAGCGGGUAUAAAUACUUGUUUUAUGCGUUUUUGGAAAGAGAGAGCUGUGUUUUGGAUCUCAAACGCGCAAGGGACGAACCGUUGAGAGAGCACCUUGGGGUCAUUCUUGGAGCUAUUUUGGAGAAUUUCUUUGCCAUGAGAUCUCGGGAAACAAGCUUGGAGAUGGGGAUUGAAAAUCAAUAUCAGAUUUCUGCAUUCUCUCACUUCUCUAUGGAGUAACUUCCCUUCACUUAGGUUUUGAGGAACCCUAGUUCCAUGUGUUAGGAUCUUUCUUGUUUGAAAUUUUGGAUGCUAUAUUGUUCGAUUAUAAUCGACCGAGACAUGAUUUAUUGAGUCAAUUGAAUCCUAAUCAAAUUCUAUUGGUUUCUGCUUUAACCCUUGAUAGAUAGAAUCUGAUUAGGUUAAAAGAGCUUCCUUGAUUGAUAGUAGUGAAUUGAUUGUAUGAGAGUUAGUUAAUUCAAUGCUUUGUACUGGAAUUUGUUCCACAUAGUGGAGAUCUGUGUGGAUCGCCUUAACAUUCUAUCCCGGUGAAGGCAAGUCGCCUGCCAGAUAAUCUGUCUAAGAGGGCUUGGUCAGCUUAAGAGAUUCCAAGCUAUUUUUGGAUCUUCCGUAGUCUAAUCAACAGUAAAAUGACCAAAGGAAAUUACAACUUGGACCUAAUUGAGGAGCAAGGGGGAAUCAUACCUAAUAGACUGUUUGGUACCAAGUGAAUCUAGAAUUCAUUUCGUUUUAAAAUGAAUUUCUGUGUAGAAUUCAUUGUCAAGUGAAUUCAUGUGUUUGGUAUAUGCUAUUAGCAUUACAAUCAAAUUCUUGUCGACAUUCCUCAUACUGCAUGAAUAGGCGCCAAAUAAUAUAUGUAGAAGUAAUUGUUUUAAUAAAUGAGAAUAAUUAUGUCUUUUAUUAUAAUUUGUAAAUAAUUGUGGAAUUCAUUUGAAAAAUCCAUCUCAAUUCCUCGGAAUUGCUAUAACUAGUUCCAAUUCCGUAGAAUUCAAAAUUUAGAAUUGAAAAUGAAUUCUUUUAAAUACCAAACACAAAAAGAUUUAAUUUCAAAAUGAAUUCCUAAAAAUUUAUAGAAUUCAUUUAUACCAAAAGGUAUGUAAGUGAGUUCCCAACCUAUAAUUAGUAGUUUAACCUUAAUUAGUUUAGUUAGUAUAGUAGUUUAGUAAUUCAAUCAUUAAUCUGGUUUGCUAGAUAAUGAACUGAAGUUGAGUAAUAGUAACUCUAGGGGACCCGUGGGUUCGAUAUUUAUUACUUGUAUCACUUUACUGCAGUCCUUUUCAUUGGUUACACUUGGUCAUUUUUAGAAGUUGUGUUUUAGCGAGUCAACUGCAUUUUCUUCUUUAUUUCCUCAUACAUGGCACUUCUUCUCUGGUCAUCAUUUUAUGCAUACACAAAUGUAAGAAACAAUGGCCCUAUCAUGGCACUUUCUUCAUAAAUAAUAUUUGAAUUUUUUUGGGAAUUAAUUAUACUUAUCGUAAUGAAAAAUUUUGAAUUUAAAAACUUAGGAAAUGAGGAAUAAAAAUCAUUAUAUGAAAUUUUCUCGUUAUUGUUAGUUAGAAUAAUCUUAAUUCAAAUUGAGAUGCACAAACAUUAAAUUAGAAUCUAGAAAAUAUGGCCAGUAAUCUAUUAGCUGGUUAACAGUUUAAUCGGAUACCGAACCAAUAGUUGGCAGUUACCAGUAAACCAUUAACUAGCGUACCGAUAUGCGGUAGUAAAAAAAACAUGACUUGGUAUACCGAAGUAUAGUUGGUUAUUAGCCAAUGGUUACACGGUAAAUGAAACACCCUAACCCGGCCGGGUACUAUUUUUACUAAAAUGCCCUUGAUAAAUAAAAUGCUCAAAUCUUAAAUUGCAGCAGGAAAAAUUUUCAUAAAUAAAAUACUGAAAACACACACUUGUAGUUCAAAGCAAAGCCCUAACAUGUGAGCAAAAUAAGCUCAAACUUUAAAAUCUCGAUCUGAUCUCCAAGCUAUACUCAUAAUCAUAAAAUGCAAUUAACUAGGUAGUCUCUGUCGUUGCUGCUACUGAAAAUCUUAACUAGGCAUCCUCCGUGACUCUUGCACUGCCCUCCUCUAGCUGGCUGCCCUCGAACUUUUCCUCUCGAACUCGCUGCUCUCUAACUACUCCUCUAGCUAGCUGCUACUGAUCUGGUUCUCGCUCAUUCCCUUACUAAGGCCUGGUGAGUGAGUUGGGGUCAGUCUACGCCCUUAUGUUUUAAUAAUUCUAAUACUUGAGUACUUUACUUAAACACUUAACUUUAACUAUUGGAAGUUGUUUGUACUUCCAAUCUUAAAAUCCUAACUCUUAAACUUUGAGGGAGUUGAAGUUACUCUCCUCUCUUAAAACUCAAAUCUUGACUUAAAUACUUGACUGACACUGGGAUCCCCCACUAGCUAGUCCGGUCGCCAACUCAUACGUAUGAGAAGCCAUCAAGGCUUUCCUUAAACUUAAACUUAGUUAGGGGAGUCGUAACGAUUCAUCCCCCUAACAUCUUAAACUUAUCGUGGUGGCUCUUCACCACGAUUCUCAAGAGCAUAAUUGCUGCUCAUCUUAAAAGUCUCAAGAGCAUAAGUGCUGCUCUAUCUCAAAGAUCUCAAGAGCAUAACUGCUGCUCUAUCUGAAAAUCUCUAAUGGCAACGGACUGAGGCUAGUGACUAAAAACACUUAAAACGACUUCACCUUCUUGAAGGUGAGUUACUUCUUAAAAAGAACUUGUUUCUUAAACUUUAACAAUAACUCAAAUAUCACGCUUUAAGGUAUAUGGAACAAAAUCACCUCAUAUCACCUCAACUAGCACAAAAUCACCUCAAAUCAUAGCUCAAGCAAAGCACAGAUAAUCAAUCAUAAACAUAACAAGCAACGGUAACCAAUUCGAUAAAAUACUUAAAAUCAUAAUACUUAAAAGAAUACGUAAGGCGUAGAAUUUACCCCCUUUACACUUUGUAAUUCCAGGGCGAUUGGAAUUGUUCAUUUGCCUUGGCGGAUUCCAUCUUCUCCAUUAUAGCUCGGUUGGUCCUUUGUUCCAAGACAACAAUUUCCCAACUCCCAUGUGAACACAUGCAUAGGAAUAAUGCCAACCAUGUAAAGCCACUAAACCCCCUUCCAAUAUCCACGAUAUGCUUUUUACCAAGCCGAUCCAUUCACCCUCCAUGUCGAGGUCCCUGACCAAUUUAAGGCCACGUAGCAAUUUAAGAGAUGCCAUGAAUGAAUUCAGCUUUACCUCAAUUUUGAUUCAUCAAUAACUUGAAUUCCCUUGGUUUCGUUCCAAAUCAAGCUACGAGAGUAAACAUGUCAACAUCCCAAACAGCAAUACCCAAACCGACUUCUUGCACCCAUGACUUGGCCUUGAAUUUCGUCAACUCCGUAUCAUUGUGUUGGUAUUUUUAGGGACGAGGGUAUAUGUACGAUAGCCCGAGACCGGGUGACCAGGAUUGUAAUAGAGUCGUCAAUAAAGUUCACUUUCCGAAAAGAAUAUUUCCACCAUCUACAAAGCCUUGGGUUACAGGAAAUUUCUCCUAAUGAUAAAACUAUCGCCACUUUAGGUUCUAGGCUCAAGAACACUAAAGUAUACUUAAAAUUUUUGGAAGAAAGAAGAAGAAUCUGUUUGAUGGUAUGUGGCAUCAUCCACCCCACACAUAUUUAUAGGGGCCGAAUCCAUGCAUUGUUUCAUGAAAGGCUGCCUUUAUCCAUAUGAAAGGUUGCCUCUAUCCACAUGAAAGGUUAUCCUUAUCCAUAUGAAGGGUUGCCUCUAUCCAUACGGUUAUCCUUAUCCAUAUGAAGGGUUGCCUCUAUCCAUAAGGUUAUCCUUAUCCAUAAAAUAAUGCAACCGCCACUAGGCCAAAGGGAUGUGUCCCUUCACGGAAUUAGAAUAUCGGUUCGGUCGGUCUAAUCCCAAACCGGUUGGUCAGUCCAACCCAAAACCAGUUUGACUUGGUUAGUCCGGUUCAACCAAAUUUCCAACAUUCCUCCCCCAUUUUAGUGUAUUAUAUAGAAUUCACUAAAAUCACAACAUUCUUCCAACAAAACUUAAGCAUAAAUGAAAAUGUUGUGACGAUUUAAUUUUCACCUUAGUAUAUUACACUUGACGAAUACUCGAAUACAAAGGGUGUCGGUAACGAUUGAACCCAUUGACUCAUAUGAAUAUUAGAAGAUAAUAUACACUUAAGUUUUCAAACUUCUAAGUGCCUUGACACUAUUAACCGCCAUGUGUCCAAUCCUUCUCAUAAGCGCACACGAAACCAAAGUCCGGGUUUCUUAAAGCGGCUACACUUCAUGCUUACGUAGGUUGAAUCUCUUAUUCGUGUACCCGCAUAAUACACUUUUUCAAAGAUUCAAUUAAGAAGUUUUGAACUUCAUCCUCUUCUCUCAUGCAGGAUAACAAGCACAUACCUUGGGAUGACAAAUUGUGUGCUUCAAUUUCUGACAAUGAGCUUUCCACAUUGAAUUCAGCCUCUAACGUUGUAUUAGAGGGGAAUUGGGUGUCCCAUUACCAGAAAUUAUAUGGACUUUUAACCCAUCCCUUUUACAGACUUGAUCACCAAGUCACUAGUUAACCACUUCAUCAAAUGAUCAACCAAAUUAUUUUGAGCUUGGUCAUACUGUCUAGACACAACACUAUGAAUGAUCAGUUCACAGCUUUUACCGUGCCUUACGCCUACAUGACCGUUCUUGUCAUUUUUACUUGACUAUAUGCUUUAGCCAAAUUAGCAUUACUAUCACAAAAGAUAGUAAUAGGUGAGAUUGGUUUAGGCCAUAAAUAUAUGUCAUAAACCAAACCUCUCAACAAUUAUGUCUCUUCUCUAAGAGAAACCAAGACCACAAAAACAUUGAUUCCAUAGUGAAACUUAGUGAUGGAAGUUUGCUUUCUAGAGGCCCAAAUUAUGACACCUCUCCCAAGCAAGAUGACCCAUCGCAACGUUGAAGUAUCUCCUUUAACAUGAGAAAUCUAACUAACAUCAACAAAUCCUUUCCAAAAUUGAUGGAAAACCACUAUAAGUCAAUACAGUGUGCCUUUGACAUAUCCUAGUACACACCUCAUUUCAUUUCAAAUGAUAAGAACUAGGAUUCAUCACGUACCAACUUAAUUGUUCUAUCGCAUAUGUGAUAUCUAGCAUCAUGUAAGUCAUGCAUACAUCGAGCCCCCAAUUUGACAUGGAAUACUCCAGUUGUAAGACUGAUUUCCAGUAUUAACCAUAAGUUCCAUACUUGGAUCCAUUGGGGUCUUUAACUCACUACAAUUCCUACUAUGGAAUUUAUGCAAGUACCUUCUCAUGCAGAAAAAUUGAGAGAAUGACUCUUUCUUGUCGCUUCGCUUGAUUCAAUACACAUAAUCACAUUUGCCUCCCCUAUGUCCUACAUGGAGAAUUGAAAUAACAAAUUUUUAUCAAAGUUCACUUAUCUUUUAUUGGUUCCAAAGAUAAGCAAGUCUUAUACAUACAAAUGUACGAUGACUUCAUUACCAGAAUCAUCAUAAAUUGUGUACACAUUUUGUCUCCUUGGUUUAAAAUAACAUAAACCACUAGACAAAAUCACUUAUCUUUGAUUGGUCCCAAAGAUAAAUAUGUCAUCUACAUCCAAACACAAUGACUCUAUUACCAGAAUCAUCAAAUAUUGUAUAUACAAUUUUGUCUCCUUGGUUUAACAUACACCACUUAGAAAAAAACCACACCAUGAAACCAUUAGACUAAUCCAUAUUUGUCUAGCGCUUCAUAAACGUCGAAUAGAGAAUUAGAAAAAUUAACCAUUGAGUAUGUGACCUACUCAGGCAAUUUUCAUUCUUUUAUUUCUCCAUUUUACGGAUCAUUCUCCUUCUUCCUCAUCUUCGAAUCAUCCCUCUUCCAAGUUAUCUUCCGGAUAUGGAAUACACCAUGAGACAAGUACGAAGAAUACCCAUCUUCUACUGCCAUCGAUGAAAAACCCAUCAUCGAAUAUUCUCAUAAUUCCAUAGACCGAAACCAGUUUCUUGUAAAAAGCGGUUCGAGCCAUCGUACCGGAAAAAUAUUCUUUUCGAUUGUUGCUACUUUUAGGAACGAGGGUAUAUGUACGAUAGCUUGAGACCGGGUGACCAGGAUUGUGAUAGAGUCGUGAACAACGUUCACUUUCCGAAAAGAAUAUUUCCACCCUCUACAAAGCCUUGGGUUACAGGAAAUUUCUCCCGAGGUUAAAACUAUCAUCACUUUAGGUUCCAGGCUCAGGAACACUAAAGUAUACUUAGAAAUUUUUGGAAGAAAGAAGAAGAAUCUGUUUGAUGGUUUGUGGCAUCAUCCACCCUACACAUAUUUAUAAGGGCCGAAUCCAUGCAUUGUUUCAUAAAAGGUUGCCUUUAUCCAUACGAAAGGUUGUCUUUAUCCAUAUGAAAGGUUGCCUCUAUCCACAUGAAAGGUUAUCCUAUCCAUAUGUAGGGUCGCCUCUAUCCAUAAGGUUAUCCUUAUCCAUAUGAAGGGUUGCCUCAAUCCAUAAGGUUAUCCUUAUCCAUAAAAUAAUGCAACCGCCACUAGGCCAAAGGGAUGUGUCCCUCCACGGAAUUAGAAUAUCGGUUUGGUCGGUCUAAUCCCAAACAGGUUGGUCGAUCCAACCCAAAACCGGUUUGACUUUGUUAGUCCGGUUCAACCAAAUUUCCAACACAUUGCUGCCCGAUUGACCCCAGCUGUCCGAAUCUGCCCUUCCCGUCGACUACUAGCGCUACCGGUGUCUCCCUCUGCUCGCUCCCCGGCAAGCCUUCUCAAGAAUAUGGCUCUCAACGAUUUCCUCUAUUUUGGGAUCGACAUAUACGUCCCGCACUGUAAAGCUUCUUUCCGCCGCUCUUCCGGCUGGCCAAUUCUACCGACGUUGACGAUGUGGUACCGUCUUGCGAGGGGUGGAGAGAAGAAUCAUUGUCAAGUGGCGGUGGGUUUACUUCUUUCUGCACGUUGGGGGUUUUCUUGGGUAGAUAGCGGCUGGGGAGAAGGGUUUUUUGCGUGGGAGAGGAAUUGAGAAUAAAGGCCGCUAGGCCUCUCGUCCCACUUGCUUUAUUUAUUUUUUUUAUACAAUAAUAAUAGUUAUUAUUAUUAUUACUAUUCCUAAUCAGCGGUUGCAACUCUUCGUACAUACCCGUUAAACACACCGUUCACGUAUUAUGGUCGAAUCGAAACCCAAAGGUCGGGGUGUUAUGGUAAACCAGAUUACCUGUCGCUCACCAUUAAGUCACAGCAAAUGGGAAACUCUCCCCACUCUCCCUUCACCUGCUAGUGAAUCAUUCUCUCCCUGCGUAACUCUUCUUUUCCAACUGAGCAACUCUUGUUCCCCAAUCCAUGUUUUAUCUCUCCAAAUCCACAACCACCAUCCAUAAUAGGAGAUAUUAAAAGAGCACUCGACGAAUCAAACCUAAUAUCAGUCUGUCUUCUCAAUCUGUGUCCGGUGGAACCUCUGUUGACGACAACUAAAAAGGACAAUGAAGAAUCCCUAGACGAGGAGCAGAUGCAAGAGCUGCAUCAAAGAAGCACCUGCGACCAACGACGCCACUGGACAACUUUGAUUCGCAGGACGGAGGUGCAGCUAACUAAACCACUGUGUCAGAAGAAGCCCAAGGCGAAGAGCAUAUGCAACCGCUUUGCUCAGCUUCAAAUGAGGUCUUCGAAGGUCUGACGUCAUUGACCUCCUUCCCAUCCUCUGGUUUUACAAAGAGCAAAGCUUCCCAACCGGUGAAUCUAAAUCAUCGUCUGCCAGUGUGAUAGAAACCUAUUUCUAGGGUUCUAUCAAUAGUGUUAGUUGAUUGGGAAUUUAGGGAUUUGGGAAUAGAAUUAGGGAUUGAGAUUGAGGAAUUGGGGAAGAGGGAGACUAGAAAGAUAGAAUCGGCCGAAGCUUUGGAAGGAUUGGGGUCGAGAAAUUAGAGGAUAGAGGAUUAGGGUUUUGGGAGAGAUACUUUCUGAAUAAUUUUUUUUUGCUUGAUUGAUAAUGAAUCACAGAUUACAUAUUUAUAGGAAAGAUAGGAAAACCUAAUAAUAAACCUAAUUCUACUAAAAGACUACUAUCCUUAUUUGUAAAUAUCUUAAUAAUGAUUAUUAUGAUAAUUAUGAUAGAAUCACGAAAACGUGUUUCUAUCACAGUGCUUUUAACAGAGUAGUGCACGACAGUGACCAACCUCAACUAGUCCUCCAUCGAGCAGUAAGAAUAGGAGGUUCUACUAGAAGCGACGACUCUAGUGAUGAGAAGCUUGCAAGUCGCAAAGAUCUAAUCUAUUGCUUCCACCACCAUCGGUGGAUCAAAAGUGUUAUCAACAGAUCUAAAUCAUCACUGAGUCUAAUCAAUUGCUUCCACCACCAUCUCUCCUCCAGAAACUUGUAUGUAACAGGGAGGAGAAGAGAGGUCUGCCACCUCAAAUCCGAAAUCGGGGAACUAUCUCCACCUUCCCUUUGAUUCUCUUCGACAAAUGACCGUUGACUAGAGCCACCGGAGGGAUAAUAGAGCUUCUGGCUAACUGCUGGGGGAAUGGAGUUGAUUAACAGUUAGGGAUUUAGGGUUUUCGGGGGAAACUUUUAAGGAGCGGAUCGGCAAGGCGCUGCUCAAUUUCCCUUCGUCCUCCCAACACUUGUAACCGACUUACUAACUGAAAAACCGGUUAGCUGGUUUGCUUGACUGCCACCCUGUAACAAUGAAGAGGGGUAGUUUCAUGCUAGUCGGUAUACCAAUAACCGGUUACCCGGUUACUAAUCGAUUGUCAUCCCUACUAGAAACUGAAAGCAUAAUACAAACAUGAAUUGGAAUCGAGAAAUAUACGAACGUUAACAAUCAUAAUUAAAAUCGAAUAUACGAACAUUAAAUUGGAAUUGAGACACUGAAAUUAGAAUAUGACUGUUAAAUUGGAAUCAAGAAAUAUAAAAGCUUUAAAAAUAAAAUUUCAAAUUGAAAUAUAUACACCGCGAUAGCGAUGUUGAUAUUAAUUAACAAAUUUAGGAAAACUUAACCUAAAGCCUGAAAUCAUGUCCUAAACCCUAAUAAUAAACGCUAAACCCUAAAUCAUAACCCUGAGCAAUGAAUCAUAAACCCUAAACAUUGAAUAAUAAACUUGAACCCCAAACCCUAGACCUAUAAACCUCUAAAUCUUAGACCUCUAAAUCCUAAACACUAACUCUAAACCUUAGAGUUCAAGGUUCAAGUUUAUUGUUCAAGGUUUAUGUUUUAAGGUCCAUGUUAGGGCUUAAAUUUUAGAAUUUUGGGUUUAGUUUAGGAUUCAUAGUUUAUGAUUCACGGUUUAGGGUAAAAGUCAGGAUUUAAGAUUGAGCGUUUAUAGGUUUGGGUUUCAGAGUCUAGGUUUCUUUAAUUUGUAAAUAAAUAUCAAGUCCGCUAUUAUUUCGGAUAUUUCAAUUUGAAUUCCUAUUGUUCAUAUAUUUCUCAAUUCCAUUUAAUGUUCGUAUUUAAUUUUAAUUUCUUAAUUCUGUUAACUUAUCUAUUCCAAUUGACCGUCUGUAUAUUUCAAUUUGAAUUACGAUAUUACAUUUCCUAGCUAACAAUGACGAGCAAAGUUCAUAUUUUAAUUUUUAGUUCUCAAUUCCUAAAUUUUUAAAUUCAAAGUAUUUUAUAAUGAAAAGUAGUAUUGUUAUUGAUUUUCAAUUUCCAAGUUUCUAAGUUUAAAUUCCAACGCGAACUUCUUCUUUCUGCAAACCAUCUUGAUGUAUAUAAAAGCAUUUGAAUAAAUAUAAAAAUUAUAGAGAGAAGAGUUGAAAAUUUCAGCACUUGGUCUAGUUUUUGUUUGAUUGAAAAUUUUAGACCUUUACCAAAAUAAAUAGUAAAGAAACAAUAUAUAAAAGAAGGACAUAAGGAUUGGUUGAGAAUUAAAAUUUGCAUUGGGAAAUGGGGUACUUCUGGACAAUAUCCUCCCUAGGUUGUGUUGACUGAACGACCAAGUCAAGUGUAAGGAGAGUGAAAGUGAAGAGAGGCAUGGCUUUUUGUGUGUUCAAAAUAUUAAUGGAUUGGAGGGCCUCAUUCAUAUGCUAUCUUGCAUUUAAAAUGCUAAUUAAUCCACAGAUAAUUUAAGAUAAGGAUGAUUAAUUAAUGAUAAUGGUACAUCGUUUACUGCUUCAUCCUUUCCGGCUUUGUUUUAAAUCAAAUAAACGAGGCUUUUAUUUGCCCUGUAUAACUGUAUAAGUGCCAACCGCCACGUCAGCUCUCGGCAACAACUGCCCUUCCUUUUAUACGGCACCGUUUGUUCCCCUGCCUCACUCCCCCCCUACCACUACUUCCACUGUCAGCGACUCUCCGCCACAUCGCUUCUUUUCCUCACCAAUUCUCCGCCCCUUUAUAUACCUCGAUCGCUCGCUCUCUAUGUUGUGAUCCUCUGAUUCCGAUUCAUGGACGCCGACGCCGGCCGCAGAUUCCUCGCCACGAUCUCUCCACCAGCUACACCCGAUGGCGCAGGGAUCGGGGACGAAUUGACCGAGGACGACGUCCUCUGGACCGACGAUUUCAACGUAGGUCAACUUCCCCCUCCCGCCGCUGUCCCCGCCAAACAGGCACCAAAGCGCAAGGGCGGCGGCGGCGGCGGCGGCCACAGGCGCUGCGUGUCCUUCCAGCAAGGCAACUCGGGGAUUCUGGCGGCACUGCCGGAGAUCAAUUACCAGUCCGUGCUCCACCGCAAGCCGACCUCAUUGCCGUCGCCAGUGAAGGCGAUCCCGGCGUGGGUGCCGAGGCCGGAGCGAGAGAACUUGUCCUCAUCGCCGGGUUACCUCCAGGCGACGCAAUCGGCUCCCGCGCGGAAAUUCCAGCAAUCGGCUCCGAUGAAGGUGCCGAUGUUGUCGAUCGCCAUGGCUAAACAGAGGAAUAGCAGGUUCAAGGAAGAGUACGAGGAAGGGCUGACUGGUGGAGAUGAAGAGAUGAUGCUGCCGCCGCACGAGAUCGUAGCCAGGGGAUGGAUGCAGUCGUCCUCUUCGAUGUUGGAAGGAGUUGGGCGAACUCUCAAGGGGAGGGAUCUCAGACAGGUUAGGAACGCCGUGUUUCGCCAAACAGGGUUUCUCGACUAACUGACUUGACUGACGGCGUUAAUUCUUCCUUGCCUCUUUUUCUUCUUUUUUUGCCUGUGGAAUAAUUUUUUGAGUUUGAUUUGGGUUUCGAUGUGUGGUAGAGAAACAAUUGAGCAAUUUUUGCUAGCUCGUGAAACGGUUUGUCAAAUGAGUGCAAUGCAGCACAGUUUCUGCUGAGCAUCGAGUAUCAGAACAAGAACCAAGCUUUAUCCUUUCUCUUUCGAUUGAUCCUUGAUUUCAGUCAGAUGGUAAUUUGAUGGACCAAAUUGAUUGACGACUUAUAAUUUGAUUACCUCAGUACUCUGAGACACUUCAUCACGAACAGGAGGAGAACUGAGAUGGAAUAUAAUAUAAAAAUCACAAAAGGUUUCAUUUCUGUUCAAUCACUGGUCCUUACAAUGUCAGAUUUACAUCUUUUCUACACCAUGAGAAGACCUAAAUUGUGGCACUUGAAUUGGCAAGGAAACAGAGAGAAGCCCUGAAUUGUGGCACUUGAAUUGAAAAUGCAACAGCCUGCAGGCAAACAUCAGUCCAGCAGCCAACAAAAGGACAUAAGCAGGCAAACACAAGACCAGCAGCAGCUUCUAGCACAAAACUGAAGAGCCAGCAUCCCUCAAAAGCCUGCAAUAAGCCAAGCUCACAGCAUAAUCAAUAGUUUGAAAGCGAAAAAAGAAUAGACUUGCACCAAAGAUAAGAUGCAAAUUACGCAUCGAUACAAAGUGUAAAAAUGUUUAUAGGAUGCACAAUGAGUCUCAGACAUCCAAGGAAGGAGAAAAGCAGCAUUAGCUCUCAAGCCUGGCGAAAGGCGAAAGCUCUUAGACGGCCACUGCGAAUGUUUUGAGAAACAAGCCUUUGGAUUUAUCAUCACAGACAGGACCAAGACAUAAACAGAUGGGUACCACCAUUCAGUCAUUCAAAUCGCAUCUCGUCCAAAAGAGUCAUAAACUAUUGUACAAAACUAACGCUUCCUUGGGCAGUUGUAACAAAUCAUAUGAAAAUAUAGUUCAAAAAAAAAAGUUGAAAGCAAGCCAAGUGGUUUUCCUAAUCUCUUCAAUGUCUCAGACAUCCAAGGAAGGAUAAAUGCAGCACUAGCUCUCAAACCCGGCGAAAGGCGAAAGCUCUUGGGCGGCCACUGCGAAUGUCUUGAGAAACAAGCCUUUGAAUCUAUCAUCAUAGACAAGAGAACGAGAAAAAAAUAACACUUGGUUGCUCCGGUUUCAUUCACCUAAAGUUACCUACAGAAAACAGAGUACUAAAUUGAGUUGGCCAACUUUGAAAAUAACAGAGGUCUCAGACAUCCAAGGAAGGAUAAAUACAGCACUAGCUCUCAAGCCCGGCGAAAGGCGAAAGCUCUUAGGCGGCCACUGCGAAUGUCUUGAGAAACAAGCCUUAAGUUCUAUCAUCAUCGACCUAAUAUUUUCAAAGUAAAGAUAUCCCAUUCGCACAUGUUCAAGGCAACACUGAAAAAAAUUCAAACAAGAAUGCAGAGCAGGAUUGAAUUGAUAUGUGAUAUAGCAAGGCAGGAUGAUAGUAAGUCUUGAUUGGCGAUCAAACGGGAAUAAACGCAUGCAAAUCAAACGGAACCUAUACCAACACCAAUCAAAUGAAAAAAGUUGCAGACUUUGCCCACUUUGGAAUGUUCCCCGCAUCAGAGCGAGGCGUAUACAAUUCAUAUUGGAGCUGGAACACGGAACCAAUUGAAAUUUUCCAGAGACGGAAAUUCAAUUCCCAGGAGCCUACCAUAAUCCAACGAAUGGAGAAAACGCCUCGGAAUUAAACCAGAGUGCAGAAGGCAAUAAGGAACUCUAUAGGAAAACCCUAAAGAGUACCCAGAGAAUGAAGAUUUGAUUUGGCGCAGCUAUGACUCAAAACGCUUCCAUUUGUAAUCUGGAAGGCGAUCUUAAGGGCUGCGCUUACUAUGCUUAUAAAGAAGAAGCCGGAAC